GAGGACAGUGACAAUUCUCUGCUCUUUUGUAUUUGUCGAAAACCUUACGAUGAAAACAAAUUCUAUAUCCAAUGCGAUGAGUGUGAUGAUUGGUUUCACGGAUCUUGUAUAAAAAUAUCCGAAGCUGAAAGUGAUGCCAUUGACAAGUGGUAUUGUGCUACGUGUGUUGCUCGGACAGGA